AUGCAGAACUACCUCCUUCUGAAGCAUGGAGGGGGAUAUAUCCUGGGCCUUGUCACACAUCCAGACCCGUCCAUAGACCCUGUGAGUGCAGGUCACUGGGACCUCAAUAAUCUAUGUAUCAUUGCCGCCCUGCGAACUCAUUCAAGUGCCAAGGAAAACGAAUUCCUUCGCAAUUACACCAACACAUACCUUGCCUGGAACACCCUCAAGUCUCACCAUGAGAAAGUCAGCCCAAUCACCCAAAUCCUAUUAAUUCAACAAGCAAUCUCAGUACAAUAUUGCCAUUCUAAACAUCUCUCCACCACCAGUACCCAACUCAGUGAUCUUGUGCGAUGUAUCUACGCUAUUGGGAUACUGAAGGAGGAAGAUUUCCUUACCAUCAUGAUGCUCAAUGCCAUGGCAGAGGAUCUUCCCCACAUUCGAAACCACAUUGCGGAUGCCAUUACCACUAGCACAUCUGCUGCUCCCUAUGGCCCUUCGAACAUUCACUCCCACCUUGACGUCGAACAACAGAUC